AUGUGUCUCGCUCAACUCGGAUUAGUGGCAGUGGACACAGAAGAUGAUCCAUCUCUGUCUGACAAUGAAAACGCUGGUAUUGAUGUCCUCACUAAAGCUACAGGCAAUAUAGCUAUAUGUGAUGCCAACGAGGCUUCUACUCCUUUGUUGACUAUCACCAUGAUGUCGACCCUCACUGCCAGUGCAGCAGAAAGCAACUCAUCGCUGAUCACCAGUCUUCAAGUUCAUCAUGGACCUGGACCAGAUUCAGAUGAAACUAUUGGAAAGUCCAUUGACACACUGUUGGAAUCAUAUCUGAAUCCCUUAAACUAUAAUGCCUUUGCAUUGAAGAUCAUCCUGCUAUUAGUAUCAUCCGAAUCGUUGGUCUCGUCGGUGUUACAAGAACAUCUAGAUGCUUGGGCCCCUACCAUUUUUCUCCUCAUCCUCCUCGUCUCUGCCCUUGCAUCACACCCUUACCCCAACCUUGCUCUUGUUAUCUUCGUCAUCCUCGUGUUCCCCUUUGCUCUCUACCUGUCACUCCAGCAGAGCCAGUACAUCUGGCCGGACCCUUUCACUGACGAAGCAUACCCAUGCUCCGUUCUACCCCCUGACUGA